GGGCGGCCAUCGUGGCACACGGUAGAAAGUGUCUGACAGAGGAGGACUAGGGAGAUUAGGGGACCCAGAGGAAGGGCAGCUCAGUGUGGGGAAGACAGGGGAGGAUGCUGGAGGACUGAUGCCUAAACUGAGCUAUGAUGAAUGGGGAGGAAUUCGCCAGAAAAGGAGAGGGAAAAGGGUACUCCAGGCAGGGGAAGAGCAUUGGCAAAGUCACAGACAUGUGAUGUGUUCUGGAAACUAUAAAUUCUAGCCACCGGAAUGUAGAGGCAGGGAAGGAAGAGGAGAGAGACCAGGCUGCAGAGGUUUCUCAUCUGCAUCCUCGCGUGGGAAGUACCUUCUGCCUCCGGGACAUGGCCCAAAAACAGAACUAACCGCCGAAGCCUUCGCUGUCUGGCUCUCAGGAUGCAGCUGGAGUGGACCCAGGGGGCCGCGAUGUGGCUCGGAGUCCUGCUGACACUUCUGCUCUGUUCAAGGCUUGAGGGUCAAGAAAACCUUUUCACCAUCAACAGCAUCCACAUGCAGAUCCUGCCAAACCAGGAGGUGCAGAACGGGGACAACCUGACCCUGCAGUGCAUCGUGGAUGUCAGCACCACCUCACGUGUCAAGCCUCAGCACCAGGUGCUGUUCUAUAAGGAUGAAGUGAUAAUUCACAAUGUCUCCUCCCUGGAAAACACAGAGAGUUACGUUAUUCCCCAAGCCCGGGUCUAUAACGCAGGGACAUACAAAUGCACCGUGAUCCUGAACAACAAGGAGAAAACAACUGAUGAGUACCGGGUGUUGGUGAGAGGCGUGUCUGAUCCCAGGGUGACACUGGACAAGAAGGAGGUCAUAGAAGGCGGGGUCGUGAUGGUCAGCUGUUCUGUCCCAGAGGAAGAGCCUCCCAUACAUUUCAUAAUUGAAAAAUUCGAACUAAAUGUAAAAAGUGUCAAGCAAAAAAGAGAAAAAACGUCUCCAAACCAGAAUUUUGUGACGCUGAAAUUCACAGUCGAGGAGCAAGACCGUGCUAUAUGGUUCCAAUGUCAAGCUAGGAUCGCUUCCGGGAUGGAAAUGGAGCUCUCUAGAACCAUCAGGAGUGAACUGGUCACCGUGAGGGAAUCCUUCUCUAAUCCCAAGUUCCACAUCAGCCCCAAGGGAGUGAUCAUAGAAGGAGACAAUCUCAACAUCAAAUGCACCAUCCAGGUGACGCACCUGGCCCAGUCGUUUCCGGAAAUCAUAAUCCAGAAGGACAAGGAGAUUGUAGCACACAGCAGGCACGGCAGCGAGGCUGUGUACUCAGUGAUGGCCACGGUGGAGCACAACGGCAACUACACGUGCAAAGUGGAAGCCAGCCGCAUAUCCAAGGUCAGCAGCAUCGUGGUCAACAUAACAGAGCUGUUUUCCAAGCCAAAGCUGGAAUCUUCCGCCACACAUCUGGACCAGGGGGGAGGCCUGAACCUGUGGUGCUCCAUCCCAGGAGCGCCUCCAGCCAACUUCACCAUCCAGAAGGAAGGCAUGACUGUGUCACAGGUUCAAAAUUUCACCAAGAUAGCCUCCAAGUGGGACAGCGGGACAUACACCUGCGUCGCGGGCAUCGACAAGGUGGUCAAGAGAAGCAAUGAGGUCCAGAUAACUGUGUGUGAAAUGCUUUCCAAGCCCAGUAUUUUUCAUGACUCCAGGUCUGAGGUGAUAAAAGGACAGACCAUAGAAGUCAGUUGUCAAUCCAAAAACGGAACCUCGCCCAUUUUUUAUGAGCUUUCAAAAGCAAGUAAGACUUGGGCGAGUCAGACCAUGAACUCAAAUGAGCCCGCAAUAUUCAAAGAUAACCCAACAAAAGACGUAGAAUACCACUGCGUUGCGGAUAACUGCCAUUCCCACACCCAGCUGGUCAGCGAAGUUCUGCAGGUCAAGGUGAUAGCCCCCGUGGAUGAAGUCAAGCUCUUGAUCCUGCUGAAUGAGGAGGUGGAGUCUGGGAAGCCCAUUGCGCUUCGAUGCUCCGUGAACGAAGGAUCUAGUCCCAUCACGUACAAGUUUUACAGAGAAGGGGAGGGCAAACCCUUCUACUAUGUCACCUCGAAUGAAACCCAGGCCAUUUGGCACAAGGGAAAGGCUACCAAAGAGCAUGAGGGACAGUAUUACUGCACGGCCUCCAACAGAGCCAACCCCUCCCAAAACGUCCUCCGGAGCAACACACUGACAGUCAGAGUCUAUCUUGCCCCCUGGAAGAAAGGACUUAUCGCAGUGGUUGUCAUUGGAGUGGUCAUUGCCGCCUUGAUACUUGGGGCUCGAUUGUAUUUUCUGAAGAAAGCCAAGGCCAAGCAGAUGCCGGUGGAGAUGUCCAGGCCAGCAGCACCGCUUCUGAACGCCAACAAUGAGAAGACGUUGUCCGAUCCCAGUACUGAAGCCAACAGACAUUAUGGUUACAAUGAAGAUGUUGGAAACCAUGCAAUGAAGCCAUUAAAUGAAAAUAAAGAGCCUCUGACCUUGGACGUGGAGUACACUGAAGUGGAAGUGACCUCCCCUGAGCCUCACCGAGGUCUGGGAGCAAAGGGCACAGAGACGGUGUACAGUGAAAUCCGGAAAGCGGACCCUGAUUUCGUGGAAAAUAGAUAUUCUAGAACGGAAGGCUCCCUUGAUGGAACUUAGGACUCCGAGGGCACACGCUCCUCCCUGGGAGGACACCCACAUUCCUGAGCAGAUGAUUCCUGUAUUCCAAGAGUUUUGUGCACUUAUUUAUGAAACUGCCCUGCGCCCACUGAACGCAGUAAUUCCUCAGGCCGAGUCACCAGUUCUUAAAUCCAUCUUAACUACAUUUAUGUUGGGUAUAAAGAGCUAACAGAGGGGCUGAUUAAUUUCCCACACGGCCUGCCUCCCACCAUGUUGGAGCAUCCUCAGGAGUGGAGAGCAACUGCAGGAGGUUCAGAGUAAACUGGCCAUUGGGAUCUUUUGAAACUUGAAUAUUUUGUCUUGUACGGAGAUCAAGAACUUUCCCAAGUACCCUCAUACACAGAAACCAGUUUCUGUUUUUCAGUCGAUUCCUCCUGAUGGCCUGGCUUAGGGGCUAGUUUUUCUCUUUGCCUUUGGUCCUUCAAGGGUCUGUGGUUCUUGGGCAGUCCUUGUUCCUUGGAAGUGCACAGCACAGACCAAUCAGCUGCACCCUGUCCCCUCUACGACCUCACCUGACACAAGUGGGAAAACAGGGCUGCUUGGGAGCAACCCUUCUGAGAUGCCAACGUGAAGACACGGUUCAUCCCGGGCAAGGCACCAAACAAAAAAUGAAGUUGGACAAAUCACAGAUGUCCUUAAGCUGGUUUUCGGUCCCCUUGCUUUCUUUUCCUCUACUCUGCUGAAGGCCGAAGAACAGGCAGGUGGUUGCCUCCAGCCAAUAUUUUUUUUUUUAAUAGGAAAAUGAAAUGCCUAUUUUUCUUUCUAAUUUUCUCGUUAUUUAUUCCUUACUAAAGGAAUGGUCUCCCAAGGUCUUCAGGUGUUUCUGAUGGUGUCCCGAGUGGGUGGACGAGGGGCGGCGGCUGUCCUAUGGUGGGGUUGCGCUCGCGAGCCCACCCACCUGAGCCCCUCCCCCACCUCCUCAGCGACACAGUGCAGGGGCCCCGCGGGGUGUUGUAUCAAAUAAAUUCAGUCUUUAC